AUGAAGCUCGCUUGGGAAAGACUCAUCCGAUUUAUCGCGACCGACGGGAGGACUCUUCGCGGGGAGCCGAUCCUUCCCUCUCCCGAAUUCGAUUUGGGCACAGCGGACGAGAACACUCGUCUCCAGGCUAAAGUCAUCUCGGGAGAAGACAUCUUUAACACCACUGGGGCAACCAAAGUGACGGACGAGAUAGUCACAGUUAGGAAGCUUCUCGGGCCCUUGACAAGGCGUGAGGUUCCGAUAUUGCGAUGCGUAGGACUCAACUACACCAAGCAUAUCAAAGAGGCCGGAAGGACCAACCCCCCCUAUCCAUUCAUCUUCUUCAAGCCUACGACAUGUCUGAUCGGCCAUAACGAGGCUGUCCAUAUUCCCAAGAUCGUGCAGGACGACCAGGCAGACUACGAGGGUGAGUUGUGCAUUGUGAUCGGGAAGCCGGCCAAGGAUGUAUCCCGAGAUGAUGCAUUAUCGUACGUUGCUGCGUAUACCUGUGGAAACGACAUAUCAGCCCGCAAGCUGCAAAGGGACAAGACCCUGGCUGGGCCGGUGCCGCAGUGGGGUUUCAGCAAAGGAUUUGACACGUUCUCGCCCAUCGGCCCCGUGCUGGUGUCUGCCGAGUUGAUACAGGAUCCUGCAGAGCUGCAUCUGAAGACGUUUGUGGACGGGGAAUUACGCCAGGACGAAGGGCUUGCGGAUUUGCUCUUUGAUUGUGCCGAAAUCAUCAGCUAUCUAAGUCAAGGCACCACACUGGACACAGGAACCAUCAUAAUGACCGGUACACCAGGAGGAGUUGGCGCUGGUUUCACUCCGCCAAAAUGGCUGUGCCCAGGGACUGUGAUGGAUGUGUCAAUCUCAAAGAUUGGAACGCUGAGGAAUAGUGUGGUUUUCGACUAG